AUGACGAACAAUCCCAAUAAUUUGAGUGGAAUCUUUUCUCCUUCUCAAGAAUUGGAACGGAUGCUUUCCUCUCCUCGCAUCACCACCACCACCACCACCACCUCAUCAUCAUCAUCAUCAACAACAACGAGAAGAAACCCAUUUCAAACACCAUCCUCAUCCGUCCGACGAGGAAUUAACAAUUUUCUUACAUCUCCCUCCACGUUAGCCUUUGGAGGCUCUACAACACUCUUCUCUCCGCCCUCUUCCUCGUUUCAUCAUCAUCAUUCUCUAUUGGACGAUGAAACCUUGAUGGGAAGUACCAGAAAAUCCGAUAUCUUUGCAAAACAAGACGAUGAUGAUAAAUCAAGUGUAAGAGUAGUCGUGAGAGUGCGGCCACUCGCCGAUCAUGAAACACAUAAUUGCGUACAGGUAGAUACGACUACAAAACGGACACUUCAAAUUUUGACUACUCCACGAGAGAAACCAAAGGCUUUUACGUUUGACUAUGUGGCCAAUCCACUCACGACUCAAAAGGAAAUCUUUGAUUGUUGUGGAAAACCAAUUGUAGAUAGUUGUUUAUCGGGAUAUAAUGGAACAAUAUUUUGUUAUGGACAAACGGGUUCAGGAAAGACCUUUACAAUGGGAACAUCAUUUGUUGAUGACGACAAUGAACGAAUGACCGAUGAUGACAUUCAAAAUUACUACAAUUUACCUUCAUCGUAUGGUAUGAUACCGAGAGUGAUUUAUUACUUGUUUAGUGAAAUUGAGAAACGAAGGCAACAAUCAGACAUUAAAUUUAUUGUCAGUUGCUCCUUACUCGAAAUUUAUAUGGAGAAAAUCACUGAUCUUUUAGACAUGUCUCCCAAGAUACCGUCUUUUGAUGGAAGUACAAGUGGUAAAAGCUUGACACUUCGAGAAGAUUUCAAAACAGGAGUUUAUGUGGAAGAUUUAACCCAUGAAGAUGUUCUUUCACCAAAAGAUGCCCUGAAUAUUCUACAAAAAGGACUUCCAAAUAGACAUGUGAGUGCAACGGCCAUGAACGAUCGUAGCUCACGUUCUCACUCUGUCUUUACAAUCUAUAUCAAAUCACAAGAAAUUGCAGAAGGUGGCACAAAAAUUCGAACCUCUCGACUCAAUCUAAUUGACUUGGCUGGAAGUGAGAGACAAUCGACUUCACACGCAGAAGGUGAACGUUUGAAGGAAGCAUGUGCCAUUAACAAAUCUCUCUCUACACUGGGCAAGGUGAUUAAAGAUCUUGUCGAUGUGGCCAAUGGAAUUUCUCGCCAUGUUCAAUACCGAGAUAGCAAGUUGACAUUCUUACUUAAGGAUUCUCUUGGAGGGAAUUCUAAGACUUGUGUUAUUGCAAAUAUCAGUCCUGCAAUUACCUCACUUUCAGAAACACUUUCCACUCUCACUUUCGCCCAACGAGCGAAGCGUAUUAAGAAUGAGGCCAAAAUCAACGAAGAAACCUCUGGAAGUAUUCCAUUCUUGCAAGAACAAAUCAAACUUCUCAGAAAACAAUUACUUGAAGCAAACAAAAAGAUUCAAGAUGUUCCAAGAGCACUCACUCCUCCUCAACCAAUUCCUUUGGAUGAUUUGGAAAAGGAAAAUUACAUUGCCGAGCUUCAAAAUCAACACAUUUUUCUUUCAUCCCAAUUAGAUGAAAUGGAAGAAAAGAACUCUUCUCUGUCGUAUCGUGUUGACGAGUUGAAGAAGGCAAUUUCUUCAAAGGAUAAACUCUUGGCAAGUACUCGAUUCUUUUUGCGGCUCAGAGAGUCGAGGAUUGCAAGAAUGUUAGGAAAAACUCAACUCAACAAGACUAAGGACGAUGGAUUUGUUUCUGGGAGUGAUUUUGAUUUUGACAAGACCAACAAUGAAUUUGAUUUUGACUAUGACAGGUUUUCAUUGGAGAAUGAAGAUCAAUGGCUUUCCAAAGCUGAAGCACUUUUCCAGAAGGCUCUCUCGCCAGAACAACAUCCUGAUGUGAUCAUGUUAAAAAUUGAGAAUAUCGAGCUCAAAGAAAAGCUCAACGAAUAUGAAUCACAAUUCUCGAAAGAAUUUGCUACCAAUCGAGAUCUAUACAGAGAUUUACAUCAAUACAUUCAAAGUCUCGAGUCCUCCAUACGACACCUGACUGGAGAGAAGGAAAAACUUGUUACCAAAAUCAAAGAAAUGGAAAAGACAUACAGAAGAACCUCUGCUGUCAUUCAAACACAAAUACAGUCCAACGAGAAUCAAACAUUGCUGGGAGAAAUUACUCGUUUGGAACAAGCAAAUGAAGAAUCCUUAGAGACCAUUAACACUUUACGACAAGAACUGACAAAGAGUCAAGAGAAUGAACAAUUGGCCUGGAAACAACUCGAAAGUGUCAAACAACUUGUUGAUGAGAUUGCUGUUGAAAAGGAAGAAUGUAUGAAUGUCAUUAAUAACUUGAAAGAAUCUCUGGAUCAAAGAAAUGAAGUCAUGCAAAUUAUUGACGAUAUUGAAAAACAACAACAAGUUCAACAUCAACGAGAGGAGCAAUUAUUGCUCAUGGAAGAGUCUCUCAAACUGCAACAAUCUGAAAGCCAAAAACAAGUCGAAGAGUUAAUGUUUGAGCUUGAAAAGAAAAAGAUUGAAAUUGAAGAUUUAAAGUCAAAGCUUAAUCAAAGUGAAUCCUUCUCGAAUUUGGUGUCACAGUAUGAGAUGGAAAUUCAAACAAUGAGAAGCACACUAUCCGACAAGGACCAUCAAAUUGAAGCACUCAAUCAUCAAAUUCUUGUCUUGAAUCAAACCGUUCAAAAUAAUAUGAAAGAGGCUGCCCUCAGCAUGGAAGAGAUUAAGCUCAGAGAAGAAAUGAUCAAAUCUAAUUCUGAGAAUGAAUUGUCAACCAUUAGAAAGCAGCUUCAAGAUACGUUGCAAGAAUUGAGAGAGACGAAAGAGUUCUAUGAAAAUAAGACUCUAGUGGUGGAACAGACAAGGAGCUCAGAGUUGUCAGAGCUCCAUACCAAGAUUGAAUCGCUCAAUAAUCAAGUGGACACUCUCUCAUUUAGAGAACAUGAACUAGUAUUGACCAUUUCUGAAAAGGAAUCGCUGAUACAAGAGUUGGCCAUGAGAGAGAAGGAAUCACAAAUUGUUAUGCAAGAGUUGAGAAACAAUGAAAAUACUCUGAAGCAAGAGGUGGAAUCUCUUAAAGAUGAGGUGAAACAGUUGACAGAUUUAAUUUUAGUUUCAGAGAGUCACAAGAAUCAGAUUGAAGAAAAGUUAACACAACAAAUGUUUGAAAUCACAACCCAACUCGAAGAAUCUUGUUCUCAGGUCAACUCGCUCACGACCAAUCUUGAUGAGAAGCAGAAAUUAUUGGAGGAACAGAAUCUGGAAUUGGAAAUGGUACGUCAAGCUCAAACCCUUCAAGACACCUCCUUAUCGGAUGCAUUAGUACAAAUUUCAUCUCUCAAAGAAGCUGUCCAAGCCAAACUGCAAUUACUUCAGGAUAAGGAUAAAGAGCUGUCCUAUCUCAAGUCACGCCUAGAAUUUAUGUCUGAAGAGUUUUCCAUUGAAAGAGAACAGUUACAGGAAAAGGUCAACACUUCUGAACAAAGUGUGAAAGAAAUUUCAGAAAAGUAUCAACAAGCACUUCAAGACCUUUCACAAACAAAGGCCCACUACGAAGAGAAGCUCAAUUCUCUCAAAGAUGUCAUCCUUUUUGAACAAGAGAAGAAUGACGAGCUCCUUACUCAUGUCAACUCGAUUGGAAGUGUUUCAGAAGAGGAGAAAAAACAAAUUCUCGAAAGAGAAGCCAUGGCUAAAGAGGAAUACGAGAAGGAAAUUCGCAAUCUUCAAGAACUCAUUGAAGCUCUUAACAUGGAGAACAAGACCAAUGCUGAAGAGAGACAAGUUCUGUUAAAUAACUUUGAAGAAUUUAAGAAGGAGAAGAGUGAAGAAUUGGAAAAGGUUCAAACCUUACUUGAGCAAUAUCAAGAACAACUAGAUGCAAUGAUCAAAGAAAAAGAAGAAAUGUCACGAGAGUUGAAUGAUCAUAUCAUGAACGAAACCAUCGCAUUGAAGGUCAAGGAGACUGAGCUUGAAAAUUUAAAGAUGGAACUCGAAAAAGCCCAAGCCUCCAAUGUAGAGCUGAAAGAUCGUAUGGAAGACUCGAUCAACAAGUUGAAAUCGAAAGAAGAAAUAGUUGCCUCUCUCGAACAAGAAAAUCAAUCAUUGUCCGAGACACUUGAAGAGCAAAAGAAAACAAUCAGCGAGCAAGAAGAGAAACUUUUGGAUCGUGCCAAAGCAAUCGCCUCUCUCGAGUCUGAAAAUGCAAAGCUUGAACAGGAAAAUUCCACCUUGUCAGACACGGUGAAUAAUCUUCGACUUGAAAUUGAGAAGAAACAAUCAGAAAUUGAUCAACAACAAGAUCUCAUCCGACAAUUGACUUCUGGACACGAAAUGUCUCGAUUGCAAGAACAACUUUCUCAAUUCAAAAAGAAAUGUGACACAUUGUCUCAAUCCUUACAAUCUGAAAGAGAAAUUGCUCUUAAAAAGGAAGCUCAAAUUAAUGAGCUAGGAUCGACUUUGGAUGACCUUAAUGAAAAGUUAUCUUUAGAGAAGAGCAAGCUGACCCAACAAAUGCAACACGAAGAACAAUUGAAACGUACCAAAGAGCAAUUCGAAACUACACAAAAGCGUUUGGAAGAAGAAAUUGAAUUUUUAAAGUUGAAGAGUUCAGAAAGUGCCACCGAAGCAGCCCAAUUAAAGGAAGAGCUCGAAUCGCUUCGAAAAGACCACGAGAUGAUCAUUGGCCAUAACAAUCACAAACAAAAGAUUCAAUACCAAAUGAAAAUUAAGCAAGAAAACAAUGACUUGAAAGAUGAAUUAAUGCGAGCUCAAAAGUUGAUCUUGGAAAAAGACAAUCUCAUUCGAAAAAUUCAAAAACAAGAAUGGGCAGCCACGAAACCUCUCUUUAGUGCUUUGACAGCCAAUUUGGCACAACGAGCUUCAGAAUUGCCAAAACCUCUCUUCAGUAAUAUGAAUGUGAAAGAUUCCUUCACGAACAAUCAGAGUAAUAUUUCAUUCACUGCCAACGCAGGUAAAUCCACUUCUCCUACUUCCAUGACGAAUACGACGAUGAGUGGUGAGGCUCCUCUUCGAGAACGAGCAUCUAUUUAUGUGAAACGUGGAAGUAAUAACAGUAAUAAUAGCAUUGCUGAAAUGUUGUUAAAUUCGUCGUCGUCGUCGUUGUCGACCACAUCGAACAACAUUCCACUUUCCAGUGCUGCUUCGAAUCUCAAAGAUCGACCACCACAAAUUGGGCGAUCGAAAGGUCUUCUUUCUUCAAAUAUUAACAACAACAACAGUUUGAAAAUGCUCUUUUCUGACAGUAAUAAGGAGAAUAUCGAACAACAACAACAACUCCAAGAAAAUCCACAACCACUCAAUCUUUUGAAACGAAAAGAUCCUCCCAUCCCCUCAUUAUUGAAUAAUCCAAUGAUAGAGAGCAAUAAGAGAACCAAGCAGUAA